UUUUUAGCACAGCAAGUUUGACACCUGUGCCCAUGGAUGUUCUUCCACAGGCUAUCAAAGCCCUUGUACCAGGCAACAAAUACGUUUUUUUAGACGAAAUUAGUGACUACCGAGUGUUAGGAAACUUCGUUCUUGAAUUGAUCAACCAGCUUCUUGACAGCUUUUACACUGGAAAUGGAAGCCUUACAAAAUGCUAUGAAAUUUCAAAGAUAUUGCUUGACAUAAUCUGGGAAAAACUGAAUACAGGACACUGGAAAGAUGUGGACAUUUCGUGGCGGUUAGCCUAUUCGUUAGUGUCGUGCAUUAAGGCACUAGCUGAAUGUUGUGUGCCUUCAGAUAACCCGUCAGAUACUGAGCACCCAGUAACGCCGGAAAUGAUUUUGAAAACAUGUGAUAUGGGUUUGCUCAUGGGCGCCCCAAUUUUAGAUAACAUAUUAGCAAAAUUAGCAAAAAGUGUUCAAAAUGAAUUCUUCCCAAAAGACGUAUGUCUCAGUCAACACAAGCUCGAUGAAAGGGUAUCAAAUGUAAAUGUAACCACAUAUCCUCUUGACAUUUCCUUGGAAAUGCAUAGAGUACAUCCUCACGAUGUGGUGGAAGAUAGUGAGACAGUUGCAGGUUCAAAAUGUGGUAUUCUGGGAGACACUAUCACAGCUGCUGAUAUGGAUAUUGUUGAGAUUCCUGUGAAUUCAAAAACUAGGAAAAGAUCGUCAGAAGUGGAAAAUGGCUCUUGUCUGAAGUUUCCGAAAUGCUGUCAAAUUGAGUUGCUGUCUUGCCCAUCCGUACAGACUUUCAAGUCAAUGUAUAUGGAGAAGAAAUGUCCGGUUGUUAUAGAGGACUGCAUGGGACACUGGCCAGCAUUGUCUAAUCGGAAGUGGAGUGUACCUUACAUCAAAAAAAUUGCAGGCUAUAGAACAGUGCCUGUUGAAGUGGGUUCCAAAUAUACUGAGGAAUCAUGGACACAGAAGCUAAUGACUGUCUCAGAAUUUAUUGAUGUUUACAUUGACCAAAUAAAAGGAUCUCAGGGAAUUGGGUACUUGGCUCAGCAUCAGCUCUUUGAGCAGAUCCCGGAACUCCGUGAUGAUAUCAUCAUACCGAUGUAUUGCUCUAUUACAGACAGGGAAGAUGAUUUGAACGACGAGGAUAUAGAUAUCAGUGCGUGGUUUGGUCCAUGUGGAACUAUCUCACCUUUGCACUUUGACCCCAAGCACAAUCUUCUUGUCCAAGUCAUAGGAGAGAAGUAUAUUCAGUUAUACCCAGAAGACCAAACCAAAUGUCUAUAUCCCCAUUCAGGCAGGUUGUUAAGUAACACAAGCCAAGUAGAUGUGGAGAAUCCAGAUCUGGAGAAAUUUCCAGAGUUUCCUAAGGCUCAUUUUUCGGAAUGCGUGCUAAGGCCUGGUCAGAUGUUGUAUAUCCCUCCAAAAUGCUGGCACUAUGUGCGUUCUUUGGAUGUAAGUUUCUCUGUCAGUUUUUGGUGGAGUUGAAAUAUCUGAGAUGUUGGCAGAGAUGAGCGUGAAGUAAACACUAAGACAUCUUUAACUAAUACAUAAUCUGUGAUGCUGGUAUACAUGUAUAUACCGACAUACUGUUGUGCACAUUAUGGCAAGCUGUAAACUUCUAUUGUGAUUUGCAAAUCAUUUCAUACCAACAGUCCCAGUGUAAUAAUAAGCAGCUGUUAAAAAGUUGUAAUUGAAACUUGAAAUAAAAUAAAAUUAUUUGUAGGAUAAAUUUUCUGCUAUAAAGU